AUUGCGUACACAACAGUGACGCAGGAGUCAUGUGGCAUCUCAUAUAAUGGGGGGAGCUGUCCCUGGUGCUGAAACGCCACAAACCCUUGUUCGAGCUGGAAGCAGAAGAGAGAUGCUAUACAAACUCACGAUUCUCGUCUGAGCUGCUUGCAAGGGUGAUACGAUGCUGUCACUUCAUCAGCUCUCCUUGGCGGGAGCGGCGCUCCUGUUCGCCACGGUCCUGCACGCGCGGGGCGCGCUGAGCGCUACGUUGCGGCAGCACAGGCUGCGGAGCGGCGAGGCGGAGGGCAGAGCGCUGAGCCCCAUAUUCACGCCGAACUACGACAUGGUCAAGGCGCUGGAGUACAUCGAGAGCCUCCGGCAGCAGACGGGGAGGGAGGAGGAGCUGGCGCGGGACUACGACGACGCGGACAGGCCCCCCCCCUACCUGUCGCGGCUGGCACAGCUGCAGAGCCAGAGCCAGAGCCAGAGCCAGAGCCCGGAGCGCGGGGACACGGCGGCGGCGGCGGCGGCGGACUGGCAAGACCACAAGACCCAGCAGUGGCUGAAAGCGCUGCUGAGGAACCUCCAGAAGCAGACGGGCGGCGGCGAGCCCGCGGAGGCGCCCGCGGCGUCCAGCGCGCGCCACGCCCAGAGGGGCCGGCAGCACGGCGAGCAGGAGGACGGCGGCCGCCCGGCGGCCAGCGAGAUCGUGGACUACGGCGGCAACCCCAAGCCGCACAAGAAGUACCCGCUGAUGUUCGAGGAGGACGAGGCGUCCCAGGAGAGCCCGUACAAGCGCGCCAACGAGCGGGCGGAGGAGCAGUACACCCCGCAGGGCCUGGCCACGCUGCAGUCCGUCUUCCAGGAGCUGGGGAAGCUGUCCGCCGCCAAGAACCAGAAGCGCCAGAACCCGGACGAGGAGCAGAGGCUCUACAGAGGGGGGGGGGGGGACGACGACGACGACGACGACGACCUGUACCGGCUGCGAAGCUUAGCCUACGAGGACGUGGCGGGCGGCGAGGACUGGAGCCCCAUGGAGGAGAACGUGGAGACGGAGGAGGUGGUGAAAGACAGCCAGGAGAUGUUCAACAGGGGCCUGGACGACGACGACGACGGCGACGACGACCUCAAGCGGUCCGCCCCGCCGAUGUACGGCGACAAAGACGACCAGGACGACAUCAACAGGCUCGUGGACUACUACCUGCUGAAGAUCCUGGAGAAGACGGAGCGGACGGAGGAGAAGAGGGACAGGGGCCAGGAGAGGAGGGCCGAGAAAAGACCGCAGAGACCGUCCUACGGCGUCGACCCCGCGGCCUUUUACCAGCUCAUGGAGAUCUCGCGAAAGCUGCAGAUCCCCCCCGAGGACCUCGUAGAGAUGGUGAGGAACGGCGAGAUAAAAAAACUGGACCAAACGCCGGAUGUCCGAGAGGCGGAGCCCGAGACGGAAGACGACCUGGACCUGGACGAGGGGGCCGUCUUUUACGGCAAAGACGACGGCCCCGCUUCCAAAUUCCACGGCAGGCGGGUGCCGGACGGGCUGGCGAACGACGUUCCCGACGUUCCCGACGACCUCGACGCGGAGGACAUCCUGAACAUCCUCGGGCUCGAGAGCUCGAGCGACCGGAACGCCAAGUACUUCCUGAGGCAGAGCCCGCCGAAGGGCGCGCCCUCGAGGUAUCCCUCCGCCGCGAGCGGCGGCAGGCGCGGGGACUACUUCCCGUCCAAGCCGCGGGCCUCCGACAAAAGGGCGGACGACUACGACGGCGCCGUCGACGAGGACGAGCUGGCGACCUUUCUCGCGGCCAAGAUGCUGGCCCAGUACCCGGAGGUGGCGAGCAAGGCGGAGCAGAGGCGCGCGCCCCCGCUGGCGUACGGAAUACCGGAGCAGGCGAUCAAGGACUACAUCGACCGGAUGGACGGCGAAAAGACCUCUGCGGUUAAAAGGCAGGCAGAGACGGACGAGGAGGUCGCCGCCGGCGACUCGACGCAGACGCAGCAGCUGGACGCCGUCGCCCUGCCGGACACCGCGACGCUCGAGAAGCCGGAGGCGGAGAGGAAGGAAGAGAAGGAACUUAACGGAAAAACACUCGGAGGAAUGUAGGAUAUGGG